UUAAGGAAGGUCGUUGGAGAAGACCAGCUCCAAAUGACUCACUGCCUAAAAAGCAACAGGAUAGCAACCAGCACCAAAAUUGGAGCUUUUCCCUGCACACCUAGGUUGAAAUUUCCAUUUCCAGUAGGAAAGCUCAGAUUUCCUCUUUGGAAUUAAAAUAUGCAGUUGAUGAAGGAAGAGUCAGAUGGACUGGCUGCACUUCUUCGACACUGACUACCCAGGGGGAAUGUAUUGUGAAAAUUGGAUUUGAAAUGGGCUGCAUGAAUUAUUCCUUUUCAAAUUCUGAGGGUCAGAAACAGCUCAAACCACCCAGUGUUUGGUCAGCAGACACGACCUGGAAUUUCUAAUCUGCUAGAGAUAAACCAAGCUAAUAAUCAACCCUCUCCUUGCAGUCAUUCAAACAUUUGUGUUUCCUCACUGUCUGUAAUAAAGCUGCAGUUUUGGGAGUAGUUUCACUUUGCUCUUCACAUGAUUGAUUUCAUCUGGCUCUGGUUAAAAUGUGCCUAUAUGCCACGUACUGAGGUUGCAGGAGGCUGGAGGCUGUUUGAUCGCUGGCUUCGCCUCCAAACCACCCUCCAGUGAGGGCUCUGGAUGGGAUCGUGUCUGUUCCCUGUCUCCUUGGUUUUCACCUGUUGCCGUUGUUUUUCCUCCUCUCCUGAAUCAGCAGCCCACAAAUGACCACAAGGCCUGAGAAUGUUCUUCAGAAAGCCCCAAAACACUGAAAUCAUUCCCAUCUGUAAACAAGUGGUUUUGGCAUGUAUAAAGCUGCAUCGUGUCUGUCAUUACCCUCAGUGCUCAGCUCGCAGGGCUUGUCUGUGCAGGGCAGCAAGCUGCUGAGACACAAAUGUGGUCCUGCACCCGACCACUCAUCUGUUGUUUUCCAAAGUGAUACUGGAAGCUCUGAUAAAGACUCCAUGGCAUGAAACCUAUCCCAUGGAGGCCAAGAGAUUUGACCCGUACGGUGAGUACAAAAUGCCGUGGCCUGUGGUGGGAAUGUGUCACAAAUGUUUUUGAUGGGAUCCAAACUUGCGAUGAGUACGACUCCAUCUUCGCUGAGCACCCUGUGAAGCUGGUGCUGACCCGAGCCAUGAUGAUCACAGCAGAUAUCCUGGCAGGAUUUGGAUUUCUCUUCCUUGUCCUGGGACUCGAUUGUGUGAAAUUCCUCCCAGACGAGCCACUCAUCAAGCUGCGCAUCUGCCUGGUGUCUGGAGUUACCUUGCUCAUCGCAGGUCUCCCAGGCAUUACUGGCUCGGUGUGGUACGCCAUUGACGUCUACGUGGAACGCUCCUCUCUGGUCUUCCACAACGUGUUUCUGGGCAUCCAGUACAAGUUUGGCUGGUCCUGCUGGCUCGGCAUGGCGGGGUCGCUUGGCUGUUUCUUGUCCGGGGCCCUGCUCACCUGCUGCAUGUACCUCUUCAGAGAGACCAGCUCUGGAAGGCUUCACUCUGCUUACUCCUUGAGGAAAGGCUACUCCUCAGCUGGGACAGUUGUAACCAAUGUGCACUUGCCGUCCUCACAAACAGCUACUGCCAAAAUGUAUGCCGUGGACACGAGAGUGUGAGGAGGAGGCAAAUGCACCAGAAAGAACUCCACUCCAGUGGGUUGUGCAUGGACCUGAGCUCCUGUGGUUGU